UCCACCUCUACUGGCCAUAGAGGCACAGGCACAGCUACGGCUUCGCUCCUACAGACCAAACUGAUACAUUCAGAUGCUCGGAAGGGUAAAGAUGGAGAAUCAUGUUGUUAUCUUGUAUGAAUACAAGUGGAAGUAGAGUGUACAAGGAUAAGAAGCAAGAGACAAGAAACAAAAAAUAGUUGUGGUUCCAUGAAAUCAAUUUCAUUUCCAUCUCCGUAUAAUUGGGAUGGUGUUUCAUGCUGUACCUACGCUUCUUCUCUUACAACUACUUCUUACAAGGUUAUCAAAAUGGGCGGGAGCAAGAAGCAGCCUAGACCUCCAUCUCCCAAGGGUUCGGAGCCAACUCCUCCCAGAAUUACAUCAAAUGUCAAGCAGAAUCUGCAGUUUUUAAGGUUAUGGAAGGAGUUCCAAAAUAGAAAGUCUGGCACACCUAAGCCUGCUACCAGCUAUCGGAGAAAGAAGGUUCAGAAGGAGGACCUUCCAGAAGAUACAGAACUCUAUCGUGAUCCUACCAUGACCCUCUACUACACAAACCAGGGUAUAGAUAACGCAAUCCCUGUCUUGCUUGUUGAUGGUUAUAAUGUAUGUGGCUACUGGAUGAAGUUGAAGAAACACUUUGUGAAUGGGAGACUUGAUAUUGCUCGCCAAAAGCUAAUUGAUGAACUUGUAACAUUCAGUCUGCUAAGAGAGGUGAAAGUGGUAGUUGUAUUUGAUGCCAUGAUGUCUGGACUCCCUACACACAAGGAAGAUUUCGCCGGUGUCGAUGUAGUUUACUCAGGUGAAUCAUGUGCUGAUGCGUGGAUCGAAAAGGAGGUUGCAGCUUUGAAGGAGGAUGGAUGCCCCAAAGUCUGGGUUGCCACUUCUGAUCAUAGUCAGCAGCAUGCAGCAUAUGGAGCAGGUGCCUUUGUUUGGAGUAGUAAGGCGUUGGUUUCUGAGAUUAAAGCAUCACAGAGGGAGGUUGAGAAGAUGCUUCAAGAACAAAGAUCUACUUUUCAGGGUAAACUGUUGAAGCACAAUCUUGAUUCAGAAGUUGUAGAUGCUCUUAAAGAUCUGAGGAAGCAGCUAUCUGAAAAUGAGUCAAAGACUCAAAGUAGCUGAUCAGAUACAUUUAUAAGAGAGCACGUUAAUAACUAGUUGUAAUGAGAUUAAGAAUGUGCCGGGUGAAGAGGAAGAAGAAGAAGAAGAAGAAGGGAAUAGUUCUCUAAUUCGGGGAACUUUACUGUACGUGUGCCAUGAUGACCGACAUCAACAAAGUAGCAUUGGGAAUUUCAUUGGCUGCAUCAACCAUGCAUGCAUGACCAAGAUAUACUUUCACGAUCGAGAACCCUAAAACAUGGAUAGUUCUCUAUGGUGGCAUGCAUCAUGGUUCCAUGAACGUACGAAAAGCACGGUGAUAAACAAACAGUUGCCAUAUUUGCUCUUCCAAGGAUGAUUGCCACUGCACGGUUGUGACGGCCUCGCUAGUCGUAAAUUUAUUUCAUGAUAUAAAACCCACAAUAAUAUUCAACGCUGUUUUUAUCAUAACGUACACAUUGUUCGAUUUUUCCUAAAAUCAAUGAAAUAAUAGAAAUUACAUGCUUUUAA